AUGGCGCCGAAGAAGAACGCUGCGGCUGCUGCGGCCAUCGCACCACCCACCACACAAACCACAACUACCACAACUACUAUCCCGUCCUCUACACCCAUUAAGAUACCCUCCAAAUCCUCUUCGCAAAAUCAAUCGCCUCAACAAGUAGCCAUCGGCAUCUGGCAAAACUACCUCAAUAAAACACCACAGAGAACGAAGUUGAUCGACGUGUUCAUGUCAUUUUUGGUUGUAGUGGGGGUACUACAAUUUGUCUACUGUAUCUUGGCUGGCAACUACCCAUUCAAUGCAUUUCUUUCUGGAUUCUCGGCAACUGUAGGACAAUUCGUUCUCACGGCUUCAUUACGCAUACAGACGAACGAGGAGAACAAGGCAGAAUUUAACUCCGUCUCUCCAGAGAGGGCUUUUUGCAGAUUACGUUUUUGGAAGUUUGAUUCUACAUUUCUUUUGCGUUAA